AUGGCUAUCACACUCGACAUCACGGGUGUUUUGCAGGCCGCUGCUUUCUGGGUCAGCAAUAAAGGAGGAUCCAAUGGAUGGAAACUAUUCCUGUACUUUUACAUGAUGUUGACGGCACUCAGUGUUUGUCUCGGCAAUGACCCUGUUAUUCUCUCUGGAACAGCCUUUCUGGUGUAUUACACUAAGGUUAAUGAGCUCAAUCCAAUCGCGUGGCUUAUGUCUGAAUUUGCCGCUGCAAAUACUGCAAGUAUGGUCUUAUUUGUUGGAAAUCCCACCAAUGUCGUCGUUUGCGAGGGCUUUCGAAUCAACAACGCCGCGUUCACCGUUUACACCAUUCUUCCGUUUCUGGCGUGUAGCAUCACCUGCUUCGUUGCACUAGCUGCUCAGUUUCACAAGUCAAAGUAUCUCCCGAAAGAUCUUAAUGUUGCAGGAGACCUAGAUGUACGGUCAGUUUUACUCGAUCCUAGGGGUGCAUGGGUCGGCAGCAUAUUACUUGGGACUUGCUUGGUUGUUAUCAUUGUGGUGAGCUUUUUCCACGUCGACGUUUGGAAGAUUAGCUUGCCCUUUGCUGUUGCCAAAUUCAUUUAUGAUAUCGGGUGGGACCACUAUCGCUUUCUCCACAAAAUACCGACUGGUCAUGAUAAAGCCAAACGAUCGGACGAAGAUUUGGCCAAUGUCGAGGAAGAUAUUGUUCUCGAUCAACUGGGUCAUCGCAGAGAAAAUCCCUCUGGCAAUGUACCCAAGCUAUUGGCGGAAACGCCACGGGCCGUGACUUUUGAAGACACUGGAAAUUUACCGUCCCUUAUGCCUUCUUCGACACAAACCAGAAAUAAUACUCGCUCAAAUACCAUGAAUACUACAAGAACAAUAGUGGAAACGAAGCCAGGUCAUCGAGAAGAUUCACGUAAACACACCUUGUCGUUCCCUUUUCUAACUCGCCUUCGUCUUGUUCUCUUGUCUUAUCAAAACGGAAUGUCGGCACGCUUUCCCACAUUGUAUACGGCAUUUCCUCGACUACCUUUCGCCCUCAUUCCAUUUGCUUUUUCACAGUUCAUAUUGAUCGAGGGUCUGGCUCACCAAGGUUGGAUAGAUAUAUUCGCCCGAUGGCUUGUAAUUGCUACAGGACGCCAAAUGUACCCCACAAUAUGGCUGGUAGGAGUCCUUGGUGUCAUUCUCUGUAACUUAAGCGGAACAAACAUUGGCGCCACUAUUCUGCUCACAAAGGUUGUUCGAUCGGCGCUAGUGUCCGCACCUCCAGAUUCCGACGUCAACCUCGAAGCAUUCAGUCGAGCAGCAGGCAUCGCGCUUGCAGUGGCGUCCAACAUCGGCGCUGUAUCGUUUACUUUCAGCGCAUCUCUGGCGGGAUUGCUGUGGAAGCAGAUCCUGAAUCAAAAGGGAAUCUUCAUCAAGCAAACAACGUUUGCGUGGUGGAAUUUGGCGCCGUUAGCGGUUAUGACAGGCGUAGGACUUGCAGUGGUUUGUGCGGAGAUGGCUGUUCUUUUCUAA